CGUUGGUUUCUAUACAGAACUUUGUUUUCAUACUUUAAAGAAUUUGAUUAUCGUUAAUAACAAUGAGGAUUGCAUAACUGACAUAGUCAGAGAAGGACCUUGUGUUCCUAAAUAUUUACUUAGCUAAUUAAUAAUUGUGAAUAGCAGUGUUGAUUAGUUUGUUGUUGAAAGAGGUAAUGUUGUUAGUGUGGAAUAAAUUCAAGUCAAGAGCAGGGUAACCCCAUCGUCAAAACUCAAAAGUGAUGGCAUCGGAUGCAACAGUUAAUUCGGUUAGUGACGUGAACAAUGCUCCCAAUCCUACAAAAUCUGUAGGUCCUUCCUCUACUCCGUCCCCCACGGCUUUCCUUCUUCUCCCUGCCGCCACUAGCACUGCUUGUGGCGCCCUCACCGGCUCCCUUUUCGGCUAUGGUGCUGGAUUGAUUAAGAAGAAAGGCUUUAAAGGAUCCUUUAUAGAAGCAGGAUCUAAUGCUAAGACAUUUGCAAUUUUAUCCGGAGUUGAUAGUGUGGUUUUCUGCAUAUUGGGAAGACUUCGAGGAAAGGAUGAUGCCAUUAAUGCUGGGGUAGCUGGAUGCUGCGCUGGUCUUGCUACAAGUUUUCCUGGUACACCCCAAUCACUUCUACAGAGCUGCAUUGCUUAUGGGGCACUUUCUUUUAUCAUUGAAGGGUUAACCAAGCAACGAUCUGCACUUGCAUGUCCCAUGUCCAAGAAAACAAGUGUACGCAACCAGGGUAUAAUUCCUACAUCUCAUUGAGAAGGGUAUAUUGCCUUUUAUGCAUCAUUAAUAUAAGGUUAAGGUGUAUAGCAUAUGCACCUUUCUUUUGCCUUCUUUGUAGCUUUCUUGUAGUCUUUAUGGAAACUUUUAGAAAUAAUAUAAGGGUGAGACACAUUGUAACAUGGAAUGUGCUAAAUCAUAGCAUGUUGAUUACACAAUGUUCUUUAUGUGAUUUUUUGUA